AUGGACAUCAGUAAACCCCUCAAGUUCUCCGAAAUUUUUAAUUCUUUUGAAAAUUCACGUGAUUCUGUUUUGCCCUCCGGUUCAGAAGAUUUUAUCAUUUCCAUAGGUCCACACGGUUCUUUUCUUGAUUACGGUUCUUCUGCGGAAUGUUAUUGUGAUCAAUGUAGUGGCUGUCGUAUUCCGCUUUACACUUGUAAGGGUGAGAGUUGUAGGGUUAAGUGUCCCCCUCAUACUAGAAAAUGUUCUGAAUGUGCCGGUCACAACUAUUCGGCCAGGCAUAUAACUAAUCAAAAGUAUUACGAUAGUCGGAAAUCCCGCAUAAAUUCUGAGAGGUCUAUUUCUUUUGAAAAGUCUUUAAUAAAUAAAUCAUCUGAUUCUGUCGUUGAUAAGGAUUUAUCAGAAAUCUGGAAUAAUACUUGGUCGGAAGCUCUUGAACAUUUUCCAUAA